GCGAACCCCAAAAACCAUGCACUUCGUCUGAUCGGUGAUUUCGUUAUCUGAUGAAUAGCAGUAUUUCACACUACUGCCAUAAUAUUUUCAUUAAUUUUCACGUUAGUGCGAAGAAAAAAAAAACGGUUUCACCGUACUGUUGCAAAUUUACUUGCUUUCUGAUACAUAAUUAUUAGUUAGGAUUAACAGAGUUGUUUCCUGAAGGAAGAUGAGUUCAGACGAAAGCGACAGUGAAGAUAUUCCAGAGGCGUCCGAAUGUCAACUUUUGUGCGAGCAAUUCGCUGAAAUUACUGGUACCGACACUGCAUGUGCCCAGUUUUAUUUACAGGACCGAAAAUGGGGAUUGGAACAAUCUGUGAAUGAUUUUUUCGAAGACAGAAAUAGUAAAGGAGCUGUUCGUGUCAAUGAUAGGCAAGAAGCUGAAGUUGUCGUUGUGGUUGAUGGCAGUAGUAAAGGACUUGCAGCAGCUGCCACAGCAGUUCUUGCAGAAUCUGCUUUAAGCAGAGGAGCAGAAUCUCCUCGUUCAAAGGAAAUGAAACCUUCCUCGACAUUGAAGUUUAUUACAUGGAAUAUUGAUGGCUUGAAUGAAAAAAACUUAAAGUUAAGAACAAAAGCUGUGGCCAAGAAUAUAAUAAGUCAGCAAGCUGAUAUUGUUUUUCUUCAAGAAGUUGUUCCUGAAUCAGCUGAAUAUUUUUUAAAAAGCAUGCAUGACUAUCAUUGUUUAUUUGGAAAUGAAGCUGGCUAUUUUGUAGGAACUCUCUUAAAAAAAUCAACAGUCAAAUAUGAUGAUUUUGAAAUCAUAGAUUUUCCUGACAGUCGAAUGAUGAGAAAUUGUUUGAGAAUAAAGGCAACUUUCCAGAACCUGCCCUUAAUUUUAUUUAACUCUCAUCUUGAAAGUACACCUGAUGGUUCUGAAGAGAGGAAAAAGCAGCUAAAAUCUAUGUUUAAGCAAGUCCUUACAGUUCCAGAAGAUAAAACUGUGAUCUUUGGUGGUGAUUUAAACCUAAGAGAUAAAGAAUUAACAGAACUAGGUAACCUUCCUGCUGGUAUUGAAGAUGUGUGGGUGAUGUGUGGAAGUCGAAAAGAGUGUUCGUACACUUGGGACAUGACUAGAAAUGACAAUCUUGAAUAUAAUAGCAGAUUUAAGCCAAGAUGUCGUUUUGAUCGAGUGUAUAUGCGUGCCAGUUCACCUUCAAAGUUAAAACCUGCAUUUUUUGGGCUUAUUGGAUUAGAAAGGUUAUUGCCUCACAGAUGCUUUCCAAGUGACCAUUGGGGUGUUUUAGCUCAUUUCGAAAUGGAGUAGAAUAGGAGGAAUAACAAUGGUUUCCAAGUUUCAUAUGAAAGUGCAUUUAAUGGUGUCCCAGCUUCAUAUGGAAGUUCAUCUUUCUCUUUUACUCCAUUUUCUUUUAUGUAAAUAUAUCAUAAUCUAUGUAAAUUUUUGUUAUAUUCACAUUUUUUACUAAAUAUUA